AUGGAAGCUUUUACUUUGCUAAAAUACCCGAAACCAACUGAAGCAACACCUCAACCUCAACCUCCUCCUCCUAAAGAAGAAGACACCGACUACAUCGAAACCACUACCGAUGAAGAAGGAGAAGAAGAAGACGAGCCUUUCUUUGAUAUAGAGUUCACUGUACCCGACGAAGAAGAAGAGCAAGAACAAGAAGAACAAAAACCAAACGAGUUUGAGAAUGAACUCGGAUUUACGCUUUCACCUCUAACCAACGAGCAAGUUCAGUUGGAACUGAAUUCCUCUGAACCUAACUCUAAGCCUCAGUUCACCGCCUCGUUCUUGAAAUCCGCCACCAAGCUCCGUGUUUUUAUGUCUGGUUUCAACAAAUCAAAAUCCACCGACUCUACCGCUCAAAAACCAGAGUCGCAGAAAAAGAAACUGUUUACUGUGAAGUUCAAAGUAGAUGAAGUUCCCUUCGGGUCGUUCUUCACCAGAGAUAAUAGCUCCAAAGGAAAAACCGGUGCUGAUAAUAAUAAAGCCUCUGAAAAGAAGAAGAAACAGCACAACACAGAGGAAGAAGAAUCAAAGUUACAUUCACCUUCUUCGGCUUCUUCUGAUGAGAAACUACGCUUCUCAAAGGAAGUAAUGCAGAAAUAUUUGAAAAAAGUUAAGCCUCUUUAUGUAAAAGUUUCUCGAAAGUAUGCGGAGAAGCUCAAGUUUUCUUCUAGCCAGCUCAACUCGUCGCUGGUGAAGAAACCGCCGGCGGAGAAAGUUCGGUCGGAAAAUGGGGGGAACAAUGUGAAAAGUCAGAAACAGGGGACUCUGCCUCUGCCUGCAGGGUUGCGUGUAGUGUGCAAACAUUUGGGGAAGAGCCGUUCGGCCUCGUUGGCGACGGAGGUAGCGACGGUGUCGUCGCAGAGGAGAGAUGAUUCGACGAUGCAGCAACAGGAUGGGAUACAGAGUGCUAUUUUGCAUUGCAAGAGCUCCUUCAAUGCUUCCAAAGAAUGUAAUCCGUUGCAGUCUGAAUCGUCAAGAAAACUUGGAAAUGAGUUGGAAGAUGAGGGAGGGUUUUUGAAAUAG